AUGUCGAGCAGCAAUCAACAAGAUGAAUCAUAUGAUGAAGAGUAAGAAGAUGAAGAAAUUGAAACCGUUCAGGAAAAUGGUUUAAAAUAGUUAUUCAAAAAUCAAGGUAUAUGAUGUUAAAUUAACUUAAAAUUAGAAUAAUUCAUGUAAUAAAUCAAUUUUUUGAAUGAACAAGCAGUGCAUAAAAUUAAACUUUAAAAGUUUAAGGAAGCCAUGAAGUUACUUUAAUAAUCAGAAUAAAUGUUGGAAGUAUUUUAUAGUCUUAAUCCAUAGUAUGCAGCAAGUUGUGGCAAAACAAUAGAUAAAAACUUAAUUAUUGUUGUUCUCUACAAUCAAGCAUGUGGAUAUUAAUGGUACAGCAAAUAAAAUAAUAAUAGUUAAUGGGUUUUGGAUAAAUGUUCUAAAUAUUUAUCUGGAGUGAUUUACAAUAUGGAAGAAAGCAUGAAAGAAGAAGAAUAAGAUACAAAUAAACUUACAAGCACCUAAGAAAGUGAUGCUUCUUUAGUCAAAAAGAAAGCCUUUCUAGCAAGAACACUCUUAUAACAUACAGCCAUCUUGAGUCAAUUAGGAAAGUAUCUAUUAAUAUUAAAUUAGACAUAAAUUAGCUCUACAGUCAGCUAGGAAGGCAGCAAGUACGAUGCGAGAAGUGUUCAAGAUAGCUUUCCUUUUUUGUAAGGAUUGGCUAAAUAAAAAUGGAUCCUUGGGGUCUGCAACAACAGCCAAUUCUAGUUUAACAAUGAAGUCAAAAUAAAAAAAUAAUAAAUUCUAAAUGAAAGAUGAGGUAGAAUUCAGUCGAUUAGUUAUUGAUGCUAGUAAAGAUAUUCUAUAAGAUAUGUCUAAAUAGUAAGAUUUGGAUAGUAUGUCCAAUAAUGAGUAGUUGAUUCUAAGAGAAGCUAAAAAGUAAUUAUAUUUCUGGAGAAAUAAUCCUGAAAAUAAUGAAAAGCAUAUUCGCAAAGAAUUAAAAUUAGAUCAAAAAGAAGAAGACUAUCGUUCUAUUCUUGGAGUUUAAAAUGUCCAAGAAUGGAUUUAAACCUUUAAUAUAGGAUUCAUAAUGCACAUGACUCCUCAAAUAUAUGAGGAUUUCUCAUCCUAAGGAGAAAUGCUCUAUGAGAUUUCCAAAAGGUUGUUAUUGGAAAAAAUCAUCUAUCUGUCCAUAUCCUAUUUCACCAUUGCGACUGAAUUAAGGUUCAUUGAAUUAGACAAGGCUAAACAAUAAGGAAUCAAAGAUAUUAAUACUGAUGAGUUUAAAUUAAGUGAGUUAUAUCAUCUUAAGGCAGUUGAGAUUGCUUGUAAAAAUAUUACAUGUUCAUCUCCUUAUAUUAAUCACUUAAUUACUAGCUAUCAUAAACAUUAUAAUUCUAAUUUAGAUACCAUACAAGAGGAAUCUAUGAUGUCGAUGGUAUCAGAAGUGAAUUAUAAAGAACAAAAAUUACAAAAAUUGAAAUAGAUGCAAAUUCAAACUUAAAGAGAAAAUCAAAAUAUCCUCAAAAAUUUAGCAGAAUUAAAAUUGAAUGACUCAUCUCCUACUGGAAAAUUAAUUAGUUCUUUUUUAAAUCAACAAUCUCCUUUAAAAACCAAUCGAAAUAUUAGUGACAAUGUAAAACCAUAAACCAAUCUGAUGGAAUAAAUGAUUAUUAAUAAAAAAAGAUAAUAAAUGCCAUCAGAUACAUCUCCUAAACAAAAGAUGCAGUUUUUCAAUGGCUCUUCUAACAAUAGUUGCGAAAGAAUAAAUGAGAAACUUCUAAAGACUUAAGAAACAUUACCUAUAUAAUUAUAACCCUACAAAUCAACUAAAACAAAUUUUAAUAGUCUGAUUAAGCAAACACAAAACACUUAACCAUCUUCAAACCAAAAUAAUAAUGGAAUUUUAAAAGCAUUUUUUUUUGAUAAUUGCAGAACUGAAAGAAUGAAUUCCAAUUCAAAUUAAUCGCCUAAGAGAGUUGGUAGGUCUCCUGAUAAAUCUCCAGAACGAUCUCAAAAUUCCUUGAAACCUAGAAAUUCAGCUAUGACAAAUAAAAGUCCAUAUAAUAGGCCUAGAACAGAUACUGAACAAUGUAAUAUUUUGAAGCAUAUUAAAUAGAGUGUCAUAUUAAGUUUGAAACCAUUUAGUAGUUAUUAAGAGGGUAAUCUGGUACUAAUUUAAAAAGAAAAUGA